AUGAACUUCUUUCAGAAAUCCAAGUCGCUUUCCACCACCAGUGUUACCACUCCUGCAACAAACGCAGGUCUCUUUGCUUGUGGCCCUCACCUUGCGAAAAAGGCCCAGCUGUUAAAAAUUCCAGGAAGCUCUCCCACGACCAGGGUAUCUCCAGAAUUAGCAGAUACUGUGGCCGCUCCACAAUAUUUUAGGCUCCCUCAAAAGGCGGGCCCUAAGAAAUUGUUCGCCUGUUUGGACACAAGAGCCAACAUGGUACCGAAAUUUCUCAAAACCUCUAAGUACGUUCUCCACGAGUGUGGGCAAGUCAUGAAGAUGUUCUUUGGUGACAUUGAUCUUGAUACGCUCAGUAUGCUGACUGGAGGACCUCCUCUUUCACCCCAAACAACUUCAAGCACGUCUACCAGCACCUCUUCAAUUUCCAGUGCUUGUCGAAACUCAAAGGAGAUAUUGUCUACUCCACAACGUGUGGAUCUCACCUUUACAAGCAAGUUGGCUAAUACCGAGCUAGCCUCCCCUUUGCUCUACAAAAAGAGCAGAAGCCAACUUGCCGACCUCGAACCCUUUGUACCAUCUAAACCACAAAAUCCCAAAGUGACUUUUUUUGAAGACACUUCAGAUCCUCUUUUCAGGCGAUCUUUCCCUAGGAGCAUACUCAAGGUGCCAAACCAGGAUGUCGCUUCCUUCGAGCCGUACAAAUGGCAGAAUGUCACAUUUGCUGGCUUCUCCAGGCUUGUACAGAAGACAUUUACGGCAGUUGAUGAGGAUUCUCCUUCUGAAAACGCUCUCAAUUCCUUAUUGGGAUCUCUUUACUCUGUACUUGAAAAUGAAGUCAUCUUCAAGGUCAAAGAUAACUAUGUCGACUACGGCAGCCGCUUUACCGCCUUGAGAAGCUCAAUCUCAUCGAUUCAUGCCAAUCUUCGUGGUUUGGCCAACGAGUUGGAAUGUAUCAAUGACGACCAUGAAAGCGGAAUCAAAGUGACGUCAAGACUCGAGAGUUUUCAUGAAAGAUUGGCUUUGGCGAAUAAGCGCUACCAUUCGGUUUCGUCUAAGCUUACUGCCUCUUCUGAAGGUGCAAAGAAGACACAAACACAAAUUCUUUCUGACUUUGACGAGUGCAAAAGACUUUGCAACCUCGUGCACAAACACCAGGCUGAGGUACUUGGCGACCGGUACUUGAACACUGCCUUUCCUCAUAUCAAGCUCUUUAGUAAGAACACGGCAUUCAUUCGUCGUUUCAAGCCAGCUGCUUUUACUAAGAGCCACGUUGACCAAUUAUGUGAUAGCGAUUUCUCCCUCCAUAGAACCAAGGUGUUGAUGAAGUCGCUUAAAAGUGUCUCUCAGAGACUCCAGAGGCAAGUCAUUUUGGCUGCCGUUUGA